GUAUUUACAUCAAUGUUCUUUAUGAUUUACUAUUAUAUGAAAGAAGAAGUUGGUGAUUAGGUGUAUCAGCAGGUAAACCGGAAGUAAAAGGUGCAUAUCCGCCAUUGAUAAAUUCAGAUAUUGUGAGGAGUUUUGAACAACUUACUAAUUUUUCCUGUGGACAAAAGAUGUACAAAUUAUGUAGACAAGUUUAUAAUAUUUUUUAAGGAAGAAAUGUUCAAAGAUCAACAAUUAGGUCAUCUGACACCACAUGACAACAACAUUAAAUAAACACCUGGAGCGAUAUAGACAAUAAAUAAGUGAGAAAACCAUUAUAGGUUAUAAUUGAUUUACAACUUAAUCACACCUUUCUCUAUGAUGUGAUGAUUCUUUUAUUGUGUACAGAUUUAACAUGGCAUUUAUGUUGAUGCAAUAAAAAAAUUCUUGUUUUAUAUAUAUAUACAUAAGUCAAUACCAGUGAAAUCAUCAAAAUGAGUGUUUCGUCAUUGCCGUCUGCAGCUAGUGGAUCUAGUAAUAGGAGUACAUCUAUUUCCACUAACAUGUCAUUAUCACCAGGUUUAGCUCCUUAUAAGACUCUUUCACCAAGCAGUUCACUUCUUGCUCUGUCUAAAGUUGAAGAUGAUGAAUUAAGAGGGAAAAAGUCAGAUGAACUUGUGAGAAUUAUUCGUAGAUUAGAAUCUGAAAGUAGAUCUUUAGUUGCUGAACAUAGUUGCAUAAUAAAAGAUGUGAAUAGACGUUUGCAGAUAUAUAUGCUUGAAAUCAGAGGUUUAAAAGACAUAAAUCAAAAGUUACAGGAUGACAACCAAGAGUUGCGGGACUUGUGUUGUUUUCUUGAUGAUGACCGGCAAAGAAGUCGUAAACUUGCUAGAGAAUGGCAGAGAUUUGGACGAUACACAUCAAGUGUAAUGAGAAGUGAAGUUUCAACGUAUCAGCAAAAACUGUCUGAUCUAGAAAGCAAACAGGAAGAGUUGGUGUUAGAAAACUCUGAAUUGAAGGAGCUAUGUUUAUAUUUAGAUCAGGAGAGAAUGCGAUAUAACUCCAACUUAAGAGAUGAUGGGGAUGGUAGUAGUAAUAGUACUACUGCUGGAUUAGAAGAUAAUGGUGUGAUAAUGAAUGGUACAGGGUCAGAUGUACCUACAACUACAGAACAAAGACCAAAUCAAGACAACACCAGGCAAUAUAUCCAACAGCUGGAGGAGCAAGUUAAAAAUCUGGAGGAAGAAAAGAAACAAUUGGCACAGAAAUCUGAACGUAAUGCAGCAGAUGGGUACAGACCUCUAGUAGAUAGGAAAGGUCCAAGACAAAAGUUAGAAAAUAGAUCUGCUCCCGUUGGUAAUAAUGAUGACAAUUAUAGUGGCAGGAAGUCAGCCACACCUACACCAAGGGGAGAUAAUACAAGUCCAUCAAAACCUGAAGCUGUAGUUCAUGCAAUGAAGGUGUUAGAGGUUCAUGAGAAUCUAGAGAGACCCAAAGUGGAUGUUGGCGGGGAAAACCUAGAUGAUACAGAAAAAGCAAUAGUCAGAGAGAUGUGCAAUGUUGUUUGGAGGAAACUUGGUGAUGCCAAUCCAGAAAAAGGUUCAGCUAAUCUGUAUGAAAAUAUCCCAGCUCGACAGUCAACUCAAUCUUCAACUCAGCCUUCAUCAUCGAAACAGCGAUCUGUCUCUCAACCCAUUCUAUCACGUCAGCAAGUGCAAUCUCCACCCAUGCCUCAUCAAUCAGGAAGAUAUUACAACAGUCAGCAAUCAGCUCAACAACAACCAAACCAUCUAUCAUACAGUCAUAACCAUCCAACUGCUUCAAAUUCUACUGGCCAUCUUGGUCCUUACCAUGAAGAACCAAUGAGUUCUGACAUUGCACCAGGAAUAACACAUACAGUUCAUUCACAGAACCUACCACCUCAUCAUCAGUACAGAUCUCCGCCCCCACCACCUGUCAAUCAUAACAGUAAACGCCCUCCACCUCCCCCUGCUAAUUACCAUUACCAGGAAAGACCCCCACCCCCACCAGUUUCUCAUCAGAACUAUGAAAAUAUCCCACCACCUCUUCCACAGAAACCAAGUUCUUUUGGUCAGCAGAAUUAUCAGGAUAGACCAUUGAGAUCUGAUCGAGUGUCAACAACAUCAAUGUCUGAUCCAAGAAAGCCAGUCGAUUCGAGAGAAAUGGCACACAAUUACAACGAUCAAAGAAGUCGUCGAGAUCAACGAGAUGUAAACAUCACUCAAAGAUCGAAUCCUGUGAAUCGUGAAAGAAGCAGAGAAAGGAUUCUAGAUUAUCCACCAGAAACUGCAAGGUCAUGGGAUCAAGGAAGACGACCUCAAGACUAUCCUAGAGACCCAAGGCAAAGCCAUACUUCACUAGGAUCCUACCACUAAGUGUCACAAACUAAAUAGAAAUUAUCAUUUUUAUUUCUAUGUUCACCAGUCCAGGAAUCUAGUUUUGUUCUAUAAAGUCCCUUUGAUAAACAUUUUGACUGUCCAAUAUCAGGGAUAAUUAUUUUGAAAUCACAUCAUCAGGUAUAAAGGAUGGCCUUUUAACAUAGGAACAAUUGAAAUCACAUCAUCAGGUAUAAAGGAUGGCCUUUUAACAUAGGAACAAUUACUAUUGGUGCUAUAAUAUUUGAUAAAUGCAUUUAUUCUUGUUAGAUCUCUGCUUGCAUUUAGCAUUUUUAUAAACAAAUUUAUAAAUGUUAGCGUUAUUAAUUUACCCACAAUUUUCUUUGUUUGCAUUUAAAAGUGAAUUAAUUUUAUGAUUUUGUUGCAUUUCAGACUGUGUAAUUAUGUUUGAGGACAUAAAGUCAACACUUAAUAUCACAAACCACAGGUAUUACUAAAUUUUAUCUGACAUAAAUGGAGAUGUAAAAUUUGCACCAAAUAUGCUCUUAAUAAAAUUAUAUUUAAUUUCUGUUUACAUUUUGCAGAAUUAAUUAUAAUUUUAUCUAGUAUCAAGAAAACGUUACUAAACAACAAAGAACCUAUGAAAUGAGAUCCAGCAAAUUACAUGCUAGCAGUAAAUGAUAAAUUUUCUAAAUCUAAAGUGAAAUGAAAAUAUACACUGUUUGCUGUUCUGUAUGUUUUGUUCAGAAUUUACCAUCCUCAAUUUAAUUUAUUUUACUGAAAUAGUUACUUUGGUUUAAGUGUUUUUCCAGCAAAUAACUAUUUCGGUAAUUAUCUUUUGUGCUUUUCUAAUGAAUAAGUAUUAAUUUAAGAUUUUGUAUUUAUCUAUAUUUGGGAUUUUGUGUUGUUGGAUCACUGUCUCAUUCACAUCAUUUAUUUAUAGAAAAUAUUGAAGAUUACUUAUUAUUUAAAGUGUUUUUGAAAUAGAAAUUUAUCUCUAAUGAAUAAGUAAUCAAAGAUAUUAGAUAUUUUAAAUUGAGAUGUAAAAGUAAUAAUGCAUGGUACAAAUACACUGUUAUAUUAUAUUUUUUCAUAUUGAAGGUAGCUUUAUAAUAUACACUCACAUUGUGAAGACUGUAAACCAAAAACAUAAUAAUAUAGGGCAUAUUUUUUUGUGAACACUGCCAAAACUAAUGUCAUUAAUGCAAUCAUACCUUUCAUCUAACAUUUCACAUGUAUUUUUGAAGUUAGGUCUCAUUAUUAUAUAUUUACAUAUAAUUUAUUGAAUAAUGUGUAGUUUUCUUAUUGGACUACAUUGUAUAUUUAGUCAAAACAACCAUUUGCAUUUUUUUCUCAAAUAUUUUUUUUUACCCUUCAUUUCAUUAUAUUACCAUUACUAUUGUUUUGAAAAGUUGAGAGCUGCUUUAAAUUAAAAGUUCAAAAAAUGUUUUUAACAACUAACAAAAACAAAGAAGUUUAUUUGUUAUUUUGAAUGUGUACUUUAAGUAGCUGUCAAAAUUAUUUCUGUUGUGAUUUUUGUACAGUAUAUAUUUUAUGAUUUGUAAUAUUACAACUGUUUAAAGUAACAGAUAUUUGUUACUUUGUAAAUAUGUACAGAACAUUUACUAAUUUAUUAGACUUUGACAUACGUAUUGAAGGCAUCCCUGUACAUUUAAAAUAGUGUUUUUGAAAUAGGAAAAAAGAUUUUUUUUUGUUUACCAUUGGGCUUAGCAAAAACUUUGAAUUUUCUUAAUAUAUCAAUAGAAAUCAUUUGACUUUUUUAUAGGCUGAUUUGGACAGCAUCACUGAUUUCUACCAUACACUUUUAAAUACUCUUUUUCUAAUAAUGAGGACUUUUCCAAUUAAAAGUAACAACUUUGAUUUACAUUGCACUAACAAUUCAUUAGAGGGAGGUAAUUUUAUUUCUGAUGAAAAAUUAAAAAAAGUUGUUUCCCAUUUUCAAAUAGGAAAAUUUCAUCCACAGUUAUAGUUUAUGAAGCUCUGGCAUCAGGAUAACUUUAGCAAUACACAUAUUAAUGUGCUUAAAAUGACAACUAAAAUUUUUUAACUUCAUCCAUUAAAUUAAGUUUUGUUUAGUCUUUUUCAUCAGUUUAACUUUGAAAAGUUUGGGAUAAUAUAUGAUUUUUGUUUUGUCCCAGCAAAGGUUCAGCAAAAACUUGUAUCAUAAAUCAAUGUCUUCUCAUCAGGUGUGACCAAAUUUAUUUUAGAGACAUGAUUUACAUUACAAGUUUGAAGUCAUCAUUCAGUUUUAGCUAUAACAUAAUUGUACUGAAUUUAAUCAUGAUUUAGUUUUAUCUCCACUAUUUGACUGAUCUACUUUUGUUUCAUUACCACAUGUUAAUCUUUCAAUUCUCAUUGUUAUAGUGAUAUUAUAUAUAUUUCAAAUUGAAGUACUAGAUCUCGAAUUAACUUAUCUUCGUUUGGAGUGUUAAUCUGAUUUGUUUUUUUGCAAAAUCGUUAUACAUUGCUUGUUAGAUCAUAGAUGGUGCUAUAGUACAUUAAACAUUAGUUUAUCAUUG